UCAAUCAACGGUAUCGCGGCAUGGGGUUAGGUUGCGGCCGCGAGCCGACGUCAAACUGACGGUUGAAGUUUGGUUUAACGUCGCGGUGAAGAGCGGGCAAAGAGGCGAUUGUUUACUGUCGGCUCCUUCCCAGUCUCCCCGCUUCACACUGAAGCAAACAUCUCAAUCAAGCAAGUCAUGGCUUCGAAAAGCAAAGGCAACAGCAGCAGAUCAAGCUCUGCGGGCUCGAGGAAAGAUAAACAUGGUUCUAAUAAAAAUGGGAAGAAAGGAGAUGGGCCUUCUGGAACUUCAUUCUUCACGUGGUUCAUGAUAAUUGCUUUACUUGGAGUCUGGUCAUCGGUAGCUGUUGUUUGGUUUGACUUGGUGGAUUAUGAGGACGUUCUGGCAAAGGCAAAGGAAUUCCGUUAUAAUUUUUCAGAGGUAUUGCAAGGGAAACUCGGAAUCCAUGAUGCCGAUGGUGAUGGCGAUUUUGAUUUGGAAGACGCCAAAAUUUUGCUAGGCCUCACUAAAGGUGAUGGUAGUGAGGAACAAAUUGAUACUCUCGAGGAGGUCCUAGAUAUUAUAACAGAGGAAUCCUCAGAUUGGGUAUAUGGUUUCCUCUCAUUUCUGUAUGAUGUAAUGACGCCUUUUGAAAUACUAGAAGAAGAAAAUGAAGCAUCAGAGGAUGUUGCUGAACCAGGAGGGAAUGUGAAAGCAAAAGAAAAGUCUAAGGAAAAAGUGAAGGAAGUGUUGCGAGAGCUAAAAAAGGCAAAAGAGAAACCCGAAACAAAGAAAGCUAAGCGACCCAAACCUUCAAGAAUUGCUGAGGAAAAGUCCAAGAAAUCAAAGAAAGAAAAGGUAGAGUUGAAAACGGUGAAAAAGGAAAAGCCUGAGCGGAGUUCUGAAAUGAGGAAAAGGGGGCAUGAGAAUGAGAAGACAACGGCCAAGGUUGAGAAAGUGAAAGCAAAGGAAAAAUCAGAGUCCUUGCAAGAGAAAUUUAAAAAGUUCUUUCAAAAAUUUAAAGUUGAAAAAAAUGUGCAAGUGAAAGCUAAAGAGGAACCCAAGGUGGUCAAGGUUAAGUCUAUCAAUAAAGAAAAAAUAAAUAAAUGGAGCCAUGGACUUGGAGCCCUAAGAUCCUUUGGUACAUCAAUGCUAUUAAGGCUGUUGUCAUUAAAACUAUACAUCUCCUUUAUAUUCAAUUGUACAAGAGGAUUGAAGGAAGCGGAAGGGCCGAUACCUGCUGAACAUUUUGGGAAAAACGAAGAGCCAAUACAUCCACCGGUUGAGACAGAAACUGAACAAGAAACACCUGGAUCAAUUGACGCCACUGUGGCACAGGAGUAUUUCGCAACAAAUAUAGAAGAGCCAGCAGAGGAGGAGGAGCCAGAGCCAACAGAGGAGGAUAUAUUAGAAGCACCUCCUGAAGUUGAAUAUGAGGCUGAACCUGACCACGAAAAAGCAGAUGCUCGAGAUGAGUCUGCGUAUGUGGAAGACGAAAUAUAUUCUGAAAGAGAAGAGACAUUAGUUCUUUAUGUUGUAGAUGAAGCAAUCUUUGAGCCUGAAGAAGUAGUCUCUGAACAAGAUAAUCCAGAUGUUUAUGAAUCUGAAGUGGAAGAUUUCUCAGAUCAUCUGGACAGUGAAGGUGACAUGGAGGAAGAUUUUCCAAUGAGUGAUCAAUAUAUUGAAGAUAAAGAGCUGGAGCUUGAAGAUAGAAUGGAUGAAUUUUAUGCUGAAGAGCCAGAGCAAGUUCCAGAGAUUGACAACAUACAAGAGGCAUUGCCUGUUCAAGAGCAAGAUGAAAAUGAUUUAGCAGCCAAUGGAUCUCAGAACUUGGAUGUGGAAUCUGAAAUCCAAGAUGCCGUGCCUCUUCCUGAGGCAGUGGAAGAUCUUGUGGAGAAAGAGGAUGAUACCUUGGAGGCUACAGACAAACAUCCAACUGAAGAAGGUGAACCAAAAGAAGAAGCAAUUGCACCUGAACCAGAAAAAAGAUCUGACUCUGAAAUGAAGAAGGAAGAAAAAGCUAAGAAGAAGAAACCAAAACUCUUGAAUAAGUUUGAUAAGACCAUUAAAACCGAAUUGGAUGCUGCUGAAAAACUGCGCAAAAAGGGUAAAUCUGAAGAGGCACUCCAAGCAUUUAAUGAACUUCUCAGAAAAUACCCCCAGAGUCCCCGAGCUAAAUAUGGAAAAGCACAGUCAGAGGAUGAUUUGGCAGAGAAGAUGCGAAGCAAUGAAAUUCUUCAAAAAGCAAUCGAUACCUAUGGAGAAGUGGUCGAUAUGUCAAAUCCACCUGCUGAUCUGGUGAAGCUGGCUGUAAGACGACAGGCAAACAGACAACAGUUCUUAGGUCACAUUAAACAUUCUGUCAUGACCCUUAAGAAGCUGGUAUCUCUUUACCCAGAUGAUGUCUCAAUUAAGAAUGAGCUUGGAGUAGGUUAUUUGUUAAUGGGAGACAACAAUAAUGCCAAGAUGGUGUAUGAAGAGGUUUUGGCCAUUGCUCCAAAUGAUGGAUUUGCUAAAGUUCAUUAUGGUUUUAUCCUCAAAGCUACAAAUCAGAUAGCAGAGAGCAUUCCAUAUCUUAAGGAAGGAUUAAUGUCUGGAGACCCAGGCACUGAUGAUGGACGUUUUUACUUCCACUUAGGAGAUGCAUUGCAGAGAGUGGGUGAUCAAGAUGCAUAUGUAUGGUAUGAACUGGGACACAAAAGGGGCCACUUUGCAUCAGUGUGGCAGCGUUCACUCUACAAUGUGAAUGGACUUAAGGCGCAACCUUGGUGGACACGUAAAGAAAUAGGGUAUACUGAAUUGGUAAAGGCUCUUGAGAGAAAUUGGAAGUUAAUCCGUGAUGAGGGUCUGGCUGUUAUGGAUAAAGAGAAAGGUUUUUUCUUGCCUGAAGAUGAAAAUUUGAGGGAGAAAGGAGACUGGGGCCAGUUUACAACAUGGCAGCAAGGCCGUAGGAUUGAUAAUUCCUGUAAACAAGUUCCAAAAACCUGCGCCUUACUGGAAAGAUUUCCUGAGUCAACAGGGUGUAAACGCGGGCAGAUUAAGUAUUCGAUUAUGCAGCCAGGGACACAUGUCUGGCCUCAUACUGGACCAACAAACUGCCGCCUAAGAAUGCAUCUUGGCCUAGUUAUUCCGAAGCAGGGGUGUAGAAUACGCUGUGCGAAUGACACCAGAGAAUGGAAAGAGGGAAAAGUGAUCAUCUUUGACGAUUCCUUUGAGCAUGAGGUUUGGCAAGACGCUGACAGCUACAGACUUAUCUUCAUAGUGGAUGUGUGGCACCCAGAGCUGACAGCCCAGCAACGAAGAACACUUUCACCAAUCUAAUCGCGUGUGUGGGACAUAAAAUAAACAGGGAAAUUUUGGGAGUUGAGUUAAAUGAAGACAUGAUUAUGUUAUGAAAUGUAGUGAGUUCUUUAGUUGUUUUUUUAACUCUUAGUACAGUGGAGUUUUCUGAGAAUGAGGGAUGAUCUACUUUGGAGAGAAAAAUGAUCAGUUGAUUAGAUGAGGAAUCUCCAGGAGUAUUUUUAAGGGGAGGUUAUUUUUAUAUUAGGUAAUGAAAAUUUGAGCUCUGACCUCUUCCAAUUAAAAAAAAGACAUAGUGACCAAUGGUGGAUGAGAUCUUCAGAAGAAAGUUCAACAUGGCAUUUUUUUAUAUCGUAAUUAGAACAUUUUCAAUGUACACAAUACUUGUCUCAAGCCAUUGAACAAUCUCUUCAUUGUGAAAAUCAAGGUGGAUUGUAUUGUUUUUCACUAUGUUACAUACGCUGAUUAUGCUCUGCCUAAUUUUCAUUAGGCACAGUAACUGUUACAUUCACACAACUGGUCUUUCGUAUUUCCAUAUGGAAUCAAUCUGUAUAUAUUUUGAUUAUAUUAACUGUACACAAGUUCCUUAAUUUUACAUAUUGACCAGUUAUGUAAAGAUAAUCUAUGCUUCUCAUUAUUAUACUUAGUCACUGUGUAUAUUCUAUCACAGGUUUAACUGAAAUCAGUAUUUUAUUUCUAGGCUUACACUGACAAUUAAUUUUUGAUGUACCAGUGCACUUUCUGAACAAUUAACAAGAAAUAUUAAUUUAGAUUGUUUUGGCCUAUUUUUCAAUUUUGGAUUUUCUUUUUGUUUACACAAUCAAUGCUUCUCCCCUCAAUGGAAGAGCUGCCUUUGAGAAGUUACUAAGCCUGACAGUGUGAGCGAGAUUGAUUAACACACAUAGUUGAAAUGACAUGAUCACUGAAGCAUUCUGAGUUAGCAGAUGUAUCUGUGCUUAUACUUAGUCUCCCCCACACUGUGCUUAGUAACUUGUCCAAAAUCAUUCCCCCAGCAGUAUCACAAGUGCUCACUGUUCAAGAGGAGUCAAAAUUAACAUGCGUAUUGUAAGUAGAGUAAGUUUAUUUUCAGUGUUGCUUGCUGCACUUAUAAAAGUGGUCUCCUUUUGAGUGUAAACUUAGAUGUAUUUGAUGAAAAGAACUCAAACUGCAUUCCCAUGAGAUACUAACUGCUUUUGAUGCCAACGUUGAACUUUUUUAGCGUGACGAAAAUGAACAAAUGCCAAUGUGAGAGGCACUGUCAUCCAAUAGCUGGCUGAUACAUCUGUGCAAAAUGCCAAAAAGCAGAUGGCCAAUGACAGCCUUAAUACAUCUACAAUAAAGUGACCAUAUGUUUUUACAUUCAAAUUUAUUACACUAAGUAUAAAUGACAGACUCUGUGUUGCAGGGGCAACACUAGGAGGACUGAAUUCUCCACAUAGGAAUAAUCAAGAUAAUUUUGUCUCAGAGCAGUUAUGUGAGCAGUCAGAUCCCUGUGGAGAACUGAAGAUUACAAGUUAGUCCACAAUGUAGGAAACAGCAAUUUCCAAUUAGUUAUUAGUAAAUUUUGGCACACCAACUUAAACUGUAGAACAUUGGGAACAUAUCUGUACCUUAAUGUUUCUUAUUUUGUUGUUGUGUAAAUAAUUCAGUUGGACUACUUCUAUGAAUGCCAGUUCUGGUGGAUUUAUUGACCGAACUACACGGGAAUUGGAUUAGCUGCAGAAGCGGAAGGAGUGUUUUGUUUCUGUUAAUCUGGUUUAUUGUUGUCUAUCAUUUCCAUGAUGACUUUAUUGGAGUCCUAUAUAAUGUAAAUGUAAUUGAAUUACCUAACCUUACAUUACUAUGGUAACCCUAUGAAUUGUGGCUUUGUUUUAUUUACCUCUUUUUCAGAUGCACUGAAGUCAACAUGCUUGCAGUGAUAACUAAAGCUGUGCAGUACCCAGCCUUCCAGUGACUUUGAUCAGAUUAGACAUCUGUUUAUUGUCACGGCAAAGUCAAAAAAGUUACAUUAGCGAGAUCUUCAAUGAGAUUUAAAGCAGCUUUCCCUUUGACUUUGGUUUUUCAUGUUACAAAAGCAAGAAGCAUUUUUUUAGCCAUAAAUAAAACCAUGGUGGGUGAUUUGAAAGAUUUGUAACAUUUAGAUAAUUGUUAUUAAAAAUUAUUUAUUAUGGUAAGAUUGCUUUACUUAUUGAAAUAUUGUACAUGGAAGUUUAAAGAGCCUGUGUUUGCUAUCGCAUGGUGCUGUAUUUUAGGUGGGAGCUGACAUUAAGCAGGUGAAUACUUUCUUUUCCGGUCCCAAGCAUCAGAUAAAUUCUUGUUUUGCAUACUCAAUUAGAGCAGUUCAGCUUUGGAAAGGUUAUAAUAGCUUACACUAAUUUUCAAAAAGUGUCAAACACCAAUUCACUUCUGUUUCAAAGGACGACAUGUUAUAGGAUUUUUUAAACCUGUGGGAGACUCUACUUUAUGUUUUAUUAGCUGUGAACAACUAAAUUAGAUUUUAUUUUUGACUUUUUAUGAACAGGUUUUUUUCUUCUUUUUUUUUAGUCCACUGGUGACUGCACUGAAAUUCUUGUGGAUCCUGUCAUUGAUAUGUUGGGAUUUUAAUUCUGAAGUCAAACCUACUGUAUAUCAUUGGAUAAAAUGAAUUAGCCUCGAGUUUUAUGUGUAUGUAUUAUGAGUACUGGUAUCUUGUCAAAUUGGUACUUCGUUAAAGUAUUUUCCUGAAAGUAGGCGUGGUUUUUCUUUUAUUCUGAGUACAGCAGGUUUUAGUGCAUCUCAUGGCCUAUGUUCUAGAGAUUGAGAAUUUUUUAUAACUGUGAAUCAUGUCUUCUCAGAUACUGAACGACACAAAGUGUAGUUGAGCUUUGCUUUCAUUUUAGAUGCCAAUUUAGUUUUGGAACAAAUGGAAUAUACAUUUUUGAAAAGAGUAUAAAUCUAGUAUUCUUUGAAUAAAAUGCAGCCGCCACUUUUGAAGCAAAAACUAAAUCUGAAAUCAAAAUAGGAAAAUAUCAGAAAAAAUUAACAUGUCAAGCAGCAUCUGUGGAGAGAGGAACAGAGUCAACAUUCCAAGUCUGUUCAUGAAUUCUGAUGCUGCCUGGCCUGCUGAGUGCAUCUGGCAUUUUUCUGUGUUUGCAACUAUCACUAUGCAGAUAUCAGUACUGUAUCUCCAAUUGUAAAUAGAUUUUGAAAUUAAUAAUUGGAUGCUUCUCACAAGUUUUGCUUUAGGUUUUUAUGCAACUUAUUGCAUUAGUAAACAUUUAAUUCCAGUGGAGAAUGCUGCGAGGAAUGUCUGUGACCUACUAUAGAACACAAAAGCAUUGUAACCUGCUGUAUAAGAUAUUAAUCCUGAUGUUUCCCAAAAUAAAGCACAAAAAAAA